AUGGCCUCGUUGACCCGCGCCAUUACACGUUUGGCUGUCCAAACCGGACGCGGAGCCGUCCGCUCCAUCGCCACAACCACUCCAGUCUCUGGACACAGCGACGAUAUUAUGGAGAAAUGGCCAGCUGAUAGUGAGUUUUGCACGUUCAUUGUUGUUUCAAAUACAAAAAAAUGUUUCAGAGUUCGACAACCAUUUCAUCACUUAUCUUAACCGACCAGAAAUUGAUGGAUGGGAGGUCAGAAAGGGUUAGUUUUUUUUCGAAAAUCGUAGUAAUGCAUAAAAGAAUGAUUGGUUUUCAGCUCUUACCGAAUUGCACGACUAUGACGUCAUCCCAGACCCAAAAGUCGUUGAAGCUGCACUUCGCGCUUGCCGUCGAGUCAAUGAUUACGCUUUGACUAUUAGAUUCCUCGAAGCUAUCAAGAUCAAGUGCGGAUCACAAAAGAACCGUGAUGCUAUCUAUGGAUACAUUGUUCAACAAAUCAAACCAGUUUUGGAUGAACUCGGUAUUUCAACUCCAGAAGAACUCGGUUACGAUAAGCCAGAAUUCUUUAUUCCACAACCAGAAUUCUGGUGGGAGAAGAGAUGGUUCGUUUUUUUGCAAUGUUUUGAUCUGAGAUUAGGGUGGAGACUUUAACAUUAUUUCAUUGGGAAAAAAAUUCCUAAUCGAAAAAGUUCUGACAUUUAGGAUUUUGAAAAAAAAAAUGUUUUUCAAUAAAAAUAUCGAUUUUAAAUUUCAAAGUACGUGACCUGAAACGUGCAAAUUUAGAAAUCAUUACUUAUGAACUGUUACAUUUUAAUUUUUGAGCAUUUUUGCACAGACCAAAAACUAUUUUUCCAUUUUUUCUUCAAAAAUCACAGUUCAUAUUCGUUCGAAAUUUUCAAGUUCAUAAAUAUAUUAUUUGUUUUUCUUCUUUCAAAAUUAGUUUCCUGAGUCUCGCCCAAUUUUCGACAAAAUAAUUAUUCUGUACUUUUCCAUACUCAAACAUCUAAAAAUGUGUUUUUUUAGGUACAAGGAUUACGGAUUCGACAAACUUCCAAACUAUCAAUUCUAA